AUGGUGGAGGUACCGCGCAGCUUUCGCUUGCUGGAGGAGCUUGAGGCAGGCGAGAAGGGAACGGGGUCGAAUCAGAACGUGUCCGUCGGUAUUAGCGGCACAGAUGACAUUUAUCUCCAUUACUGGAACGGGACCAUUGUUGGGCCAGCCGGCACCACAUUUGAGAAUCGCAUUCUUUCCCUAGCAAUCUACUGCGAUGAGAACUACCCAAACAAACCGCCGCACAUCAAAUUCGUUAGCCGUGUGAAUCUGCCAUGUGUGAAUCCCGACGGCACGGUUGACAGCACAAGAUUCCACAUCUUCAAGAACUGGGAGCGUCGCUACACGAUGGAAAAAUGCCUUGCCGAGCUGCGGCGGGAGAUGGCGCAGCCGGCAAACAAGAAACUCCCGCAGCCGGAGGAGGGCUCAAGGUACUAA